AUAUCAUGGUCAACUGGUUUCCAUAUUUUGCGGCUGGAGGCACCGUAGGUCGUAGCGUUAGUAUACCGAAACCUCUUUAGGACACGGUACAUAUUCAUCCAUGCGUGAAGUGAAAACUCUCUCGCCCAAACACUCUAGAACAGCUAACCAUGACGAAGAAGACCACCAACCUGAGCCAUCUCAAGACUGCGCUCUGCCUCCUCCCUCCUCUCCUGCUCGCUGUCUUCUUCUGCAUCCACUUCCAAACACAGUUCAGCCUCUUCUCCCCCGUCUGCCGGUGCGCCAGUCAGCCUGCCGCCACCGUCGACGACCACGUCGACCGCCUGCGGGCGUCGGCCACCUUCCUCCCGCUCAAGGACACGCGCCAGGGCGCCGAAACAUGGUUCAUCAGCACCCUCAACGCCACUGCCGAGCCGGUGGGCGAGGCCAGGAACCUGGUCUUCCCGUCCGAGAAGUCCUCCGGCCGCCUCCUCUGCCUGGCUGCGCCUUCACGGCACGACGGCGCCAAGAACGCCUACGCACUCGCGUGGCGCGACGCGCUCCCCCACGGCGUGGCUUUACUGCCCGGGCUCACUUUCGUGUCCGAGACGGCCUACGACCACAGCAACAUCUGGCAUGGGCUGACGUCGAUCGUCCCGUUCGCGUCGUGGCACGAGAGGAGCGGGUGCAGGGCGCGGCCGGCGAGGUGGGCGCUGUUCCACCAGGGCGAGGUGAGGACGGAGAUGAGCAGGUGGCUGGCGACGCUGGUCGAGGCGACGACGGGCGUGGAGGUGGUCAUCGAAACGUUUGACCGGCCCAGCACUGUGUGCUUCGAGGAAGCGGUGGUGUUCAGGGCGAACGUAGCAGGCAUGAACAGUGAGCGGAUGCUCCGAGCGGCCGACUUCAUGCGGUGCAAGGCCCGGGCUUACUGCGGCGUGGACGUGCGGGAAGCUGGAAGCGCUGACCCGUCGGCCUUGCGCGUCACGCUUCUGUUCCGCACGGGGGCGCGGGCGUUCAAGGACGAGGCGGCCGUCACGCGCGUGUUCGAGAAGGAGUGCGCGCGCGUGGCGGGGUGCGCCGUCGCCGCCGCGCACGUGAAAAACUUGACGUUCUGUGAACAGGUGAAGCUGCUGAGCGCGACGGACGUGCUGAUCUCGGCGCACGGGGCGCAGAUGACGAACAUGCUGUUCAUGGAAAGGAACAGCAGCGUCAUGGAGUUCUACCCUCUGGGGUGGAAGCAGAGAGCGGGGGGCGGGCAGUACGUGUACCGCUGGAUGACGAGCUGGACCGGGAUGCGGCACGAGGGCUCGUGGUGGGAACCCGACGGCGAACCGUGCCCCAACAACCCCGACAUCCUCGACUGUUGGAAGGACAGGAAGAUCGGGCACAACGAGACCUACUUCGCGCAGUGGGCGGCCAGAGUCUUCGCCGCGGCCAAGGAUCGCAAGAAGGGCAGUGCCGGCGAGGCGUUGGCGGAAGAGCGGCGGCGACAAGCGACGAUCUGCAAAUGCAUUUAGUAUUUGCAUUUAGUUGCGCUCCUUGCUCUGGUCAAGCUAGAGAACCUCGUGUAGUUUAUGACACACGUCAUUUUCUUUCCUUACAUGAUUUCUUUGAACAUAUGCAUAAGUUACCGAGUAUAUGGUAACACCAUGAGUCACCCCAUUAGUUGGGUCUAAUCCUCAAAUGUACUAGACUAGGUCCUCAAAUUGAUAGCGUACAAUUUCAAAUGAUGCUACCUUAGAACGUGUAUUUAUAGAUAGAUUUUAAAUUUUAUCAUAGAUAGUUAUAUGUUCUAUCUCUUUAAAAAUGUAUGUGAUAUCAAGUUUGUUACAG